AAACAUAUAAAAAAUUUCUGGAACAAAGUUGCACUGUGUAAAGAAGGACUGCAAUGGCAAAUAAAAAAAAAAAAAAGAUUGUUCCUUGAGCCGAUACCUGUAAUCGAUUUCGACUAUAUUUCACAUGAUUCGCUAUGUGACACAUUCUUGAACAACUAUCCUCAUACUACUACUAUCGAUUUGUACUUACAUUUUUUAUGAGUUACUACUGCCAUACUUAUGAACAGAGAGAUAUGCAGGCAGAUUUUUCCAAGACUUUUCAACUGAUAAUUUAAUACUUCCUAUGUAAAACAUUAAAAAAACAUGAAAUGAUGAAGGAAAAAAAAAGAACAGAUAGUUCCCUACAUGAAAUCACCUGACAUAAUACUCAACAUAAAUCUACAACAACAGAUUGAUAAACAUGCAAAAAUGCUCGUAUCUGGUAGGUAUGUUAAGUGGAACAUGACGAACGCGAUAGAGUGUAACCUUAACGUCCUGCGCAUGAUAAACGGAACAUACAUUAAGAUGUACCAAUAUCAAUAUAUGCAUGUUAACUUUUAUAAGUUCCUGUAUGUAAAAUAAACGGUAUGGUUGUAGCAUUUCCAAUUCUAAAAUUAACAAUGAAAGUCUGUUUUUCAAAUAUUUUUUAUCAUGAAACACACGAAUGUUUAAGGCACAAUUUUAUUUUUUUCCUAAUUUAUUGUUAAAACGGAAUGUGAUAACUAAAAGUAUUUCUAUAUAUUUCUCUUGCACUUUUUACAUUUUCCUACCAUUUCUUUUUCCUUCCUUUUCUAAAAAAAGUUAAAUGUAUAUCUGUUUUACUUUAAAUGUGGAAAGUGUAAAAAUGUGUACGAUUGCUUCUCCUUUGAGAGUUUGGAAAAAAUAUUGAUCUAAAAAAACUAGUGAUUUUAGUCCCGAUUAUACUAUUCAAUUUAUUCCACUUAGGGGGACUACAAAUUUAUAAAUAUCUUUCCAAUAAUAUACUAAUUAUCUAUAUAAAAAGAAUUUUAAAAAUUCCAAACUUUCAAAUAAUUUUACAAAUUUUGGACAUAAAAGAUAUUAUAUCUGUUGUAUAUGUUUAUGUUGUAUAAAAUAUUAUAUAUGUUUUAUUAUGAUUAUAUUUUAUGUUAUUAAUGCAGUAGAACUUCUAUUUAAUGCAGAAUAUGGCAUAUUUACUUUAAAAUUUAUAAAUAUAUUAUAAACAGAUUAAUUUGUAGAGUUUCUCAUUAAAAUUUUUCCGAUAUUAUUUAUCUCACGUAAUUGAUCCUUUCAAAUGCCUUUCACGUAUCACUGUAUUGAAGGUGUCUAAAAUAAUGUAAUUAAAAAUGCAUGUAUGAUUUAUCGGCCUAUUGUCAAUAAUGAAUUAUAAUUAUAAAAAAAUAAUCAUUGAGGUUCUACUGCAUCAAUUCAAAGGCGUGCGUAAUGUACAGAACUUAUAGUUGCUUAAGAAAAGGCUAAAGACUCUCGUCAAAAUAAUGAGUCCGGUCCUCUUAAUAACAAUUUUGUAUGAGUUGACUUGCUCAAAAUUUUCUCAUACCAAAGUUAAAAUUCUGUUACAUAAAUUUUACUCUUUUCUUCUUUAAUGUAAUAUGUAGCAAAGCCUUUCCUGAAUAUCGACAACUACCUCCAACUUUGUUGCGAUCUAGUCCAUUUUUCAUAUAAAUUAACGUAUCGAUGUACCUUUGGGAGUUUGUUUUAUCAGGCCUAAAAAAAGACUCACUUGUGUAUGCUAUCAAUCACUCCUUGUACGUGAUUAUAGCAACGAUCGAUCAGUAAGCGAUCACAAGGUGCAUAAUACGAAGCAGCGAAGCAGCAAUUAAAACUACUCAAAUGAUUGUUUAUUAUCCAAUGCUAGCUUUAUUCGUCCAUAAAGCAGGGUACUGCGAAUUUAUUAUUUUCAUGUCCACGUGUUUUUCUACAAAGCGAAUUUAUUAUUUCUAUCUUCUAUAUUUAUAACCUUAUACCAACAUUUAUACCAAUUUUGCUGAAGAUGCUAACAAAUUACGUAUUAAAUAAUAUUACGCGACAUUCCUGUGCUACACUUUUAACGCUGACUAUGAGCAAUAAUUACACGUAUUUAUUGUAACAAAAUUCUACACAAUUUAAUCGUUAUACGAGUAAAACACACACACACACACACACACACAUAACGUAUCGCAGUAAUAUUGAAAUUCCCUCAAAUAUAAUAUGUACUGUUCUACGCGAUAUUUCUGCGCGAUUGAUAUUGAUUGCAAUGGUACGUGCAGCUAUUGUUCAAUAGCAAGCAGAUAUAAAAACAGAUAUAGUCGAACAGCAUGUCUGAAUGCCCGACAUCCAAUAUAUUUUGUUUCAAUUCCCUAUUCUUAUAUCCCGGUACAUUAAUUUUUAGCUUUUAAGAUCAAAUUUCGAAUUCGCGAUAGCGAGUUCCCAAUUUCCCACAAAAUUCCUGUGGAUACUUCCGAUUUCCAUUUGCGCAGUUAUAUGUACGAUUUUUAUUUAUCAAUUUUAAAUUCAUAAACAAAUAUUGUCUUGGAUUACACAGUUAUUAUGCAUACGAUUACUCAUAGGUUAUCUACGAUUGUCGCUUGUAGAAAAUUAAAGCGAAGCUUUGGUAUCGCCGAAAAUGAUCUAUCGUCGAGUAACGUUGUCUUACGAGUAACGAGUUUAUGUCGGAGUGAACAUUGCGAAUGGAGAAUAUUUAUUGUAUCGAAUUAUUGUAUAGAAAGAAACGUUGCGGCUGAUAAUAGACAUUCUUGUCGAUACGUUACUUUACCACGUAAGAAAAUAGUUUAGCGGUGCACAAGAACAAGUUGUGGUAAAUUAUAUUGUAAGAAUAUAAUAAAACGAUCGUACCGUGCUAAAAUGGUCGGUACAUUACAUGUAGUCCGUUUGUUUAAAAUACAUACCUGCUAAAUGUAUGGAUUAAAAUCGAAAUGUCGAAAUAACAUCCGCAAACUCAAUCAAUUGGGUUUAAUCCGAACAUGAUGACGCGAUAGCAAAUAUAGCCAAGAAUCUUAUUACUAAAUGCAAUAGUAAUAAUUUCUUCCUUUUUGUACAAAAAUAACUACUUUAUGUGUUUGAUGUUAUAUAAUUCAAUUAAUUACGUCAUAUUUCAACGCGAAUUUUUCAAAAUUAUCUGGAGCUCAAUUGAUCUGGGGCAAUGACAUCGAUACUUGUCGGUAGGCGGUACAGAAUUGAGCCCCAGGAGUCGAUUCGGAGUCUCUUUCGAUAGGCAUAUAAAUAUUUUUCAAUUGAAGUUAAUGAUUUUUUUCUUUCGGAAGUAUUGCUUAAAAGUGCUUAAUACAAAUUUGUUUUGAAGCAUUCAUGUAAUAUUAUUAAAUAAUAAAAUCCAAAUUUUUAACGUUGAAAGAAUUUGCGUUCUUCUUAUCUGAUGUGCAUAUGAAAGUGAGUUGCAGUUAGUAUAGUUAACAUUCCCACUGUUAGAUGUCGUUUCAUAUAGGAAUAUCUUGCACGAUCAGUUCCGAUCAGUUGCAUACGUCUUUCAAUUUGGAUAGUUUAAAUGGGUUCUUAUUAAUUAUGUUUGUUCAACUGUUAUGCAUUAAUUGUACUGUAAUAACUAUUGAUAAAUUAAUAUUCUUUAAAACAAACUAAUCAUACAUGCCAAAUGGGUAAGGCAUAUUAUUGUGACUACUGCAACAGAGCUUUUAAGGAUGAAGUCGAAACCCGCAAAAAGCAUAUAUCCAGUGUGCAGCACGCGACAAAUCGAACGAGUCAUUACAACAUGUUCAAAGACCCGGAGACGAUAUUGACGGAGGAAUCCAGCAAAACUCCGUGUAAACGUUAUAUGAACAAAGGAGAUUGCGCUUUUGGUUCAGGUUGUCGAUUUUCGCAUUACACGCCAUCAAUGAUAUGGGAACUUCAACAGCUUGUUGCAAUGAAAAACUCGAAAGUCUCGGCAGUUCAACCGAGGGACGGCUGGCCAAAUUCUGAGGAUAUCAUCAAGGAAUACUUCGAGAACGUGAUCGACCCGAGCGGCACCGAGGAUCUCAAUCAUCCGGUGUGGAGUACCACGUCGGGAUUAGUCGAUAAUCCUUAUUUACCGCCGUCCUUGCAGCCCAUUAUGUCGGAAAGGACGAUGAAUUGCAAUUUUAGUAAAUGGGGUUGAACUCCUGUUUGACACGUUUUUAUCUAAAAAAUAAAACGCAUUUAUAUUCGCGCGCAAUCCUGUCGUGUCUAAUUCCCUCGGAGAUUCCAAAUUGUACAUGUUGUUGUCCCGCCGGGCUUCGAACGGAGCGACGCUCGCUAUCAUCCGAACAAAGUCCCCUCCGUUUCUCCCUUCCAGGAUCGUUUACACCAAUCGCCAAGCGGACCCGCCUUCACACGGUGAUGUUGCUAUGGAACACAGUGGCGGAGCACUCGUUGCCACGACAGUGUAAGUCGGCACGUGACGCGACGCAACGCAACGCAACGCGACGCGACGCGAGGCGACGCGACGCGCCGCGACUGUCGAAUCGACGGCGGUUUUCCGGGAGAAAAAAAACGAAGCGAAACAAAAAAAAACUCCCUUUUAUGGAACGAAAAGGGGACGAGUCGAAUCUCUCGCGAGUUUGUGCUCCAUUUGCGCAUCAGGAGAAAAUAUGAGUGUUCGCGAGCGCCGGUCCGGAUCCCAUCAUCACGCAUUAUUCACGCGCUUCUGGUGGACGCGAUAAAAAAAAUCGGAGUGCCACCUCUGGAAGGGCCUUCGUCGAUUUAGCGAGAUUGGAAUUCGUGGCUGGACCCUUCCAGGUCGCGUCGGUGAGUCCCACGAUAAAUUCCUUUCCACCCGUGGGAGCUCGGACCCCAUAUGGGCGAUCAGAACCAUAAAAUUCCGUAAAUCAAAGCAAAAAGAAGAAACCUGAACCUGAACAUAUAGGGAAAUUCGAUUGUACUAGACACUUAAGAAAGAAUAGCUUGAUGUAUUGUAUACUAAAGUGUAGGAAUCAGUAAAAUAUAAUAAUAAGAAUUUGAUGUUAGUUUAAUAAAAUUUUAGGCGAAAGUUUAAUUCCAUUUUAUUCCGUGUUAAAGCUUCUAUGGAUCUUAGCGAAUUAAACAUUGAUCGCGGAUGAAUAAUAAAGACUUACUGCUCGUU